AUGGCCAUGCAGAUGCCGUUGGAAGCAAAUGCGGAUACUUCAGCAGAGGAAGAGAGCUUUGGGCCCCAGCUCAUCGCUCGGUUAGAGCAAUGUGGUAUAAAUGCAAAUGAUGUGAAGAAGUUAGAAGAAGCUGGGUUUCACACAGUCGAGGCUGUUGCUUAUGCGCCCAAGAAGGAGCUGCUAAAUAUCAAAGGCAUCAGUGAAGCCAAAGCUGACAAAAUCUUGGCUGAAGCAGCUAAACUGGUUCCCAUGGGCUUCACCACAGCAACAGAAUUCCACCAGCGAAGGUCAGAGAUCAUCCAGAUCACCACUGGGUCCAAAGAACUUGAUAAACUUCUUCAAGGAGGGAUAGAAACAGGAUCCAUCACGGAACUGUUCGGCGAGUUUCGUACUGGGAAAACACAGCUGUGUCAUACCCUGGCAGUAACCUGUCAACUUCCCAUCGACCGAGGGGGUGGUGAAGGAAAAGCCAUGUACAUUGACACAGAGGGGACCUUCCGUCCUGAGCGGCUUCUCGCUGUGGCUGAAAGGUACGGCUUGUCUGGCAGUGAUGUCCUGGAUAACGUGGCCUACGCUCGAGGCUUUAACACAGACCACCAGACCCAGCUGCUCUACCAGGCGUCUGCUAUGAUGGCUGAAUCACGAUACGCCCUGCUGGUCGUGGACAGUGCCACUGCCCUGUACCGCACCGACUACUCGGGCCGCGGGGAGCUCUCGGCCAGGCAGAUGCACCUCGCCCGCUUCCUGCGGAUGCUGCUGCGGCUCGCGGAUGAGUUUGGAGUGGCAGUUGUGAUCACCAACCAAGUGGUAGCACAAGUAGAUGGAGCUGCCAUGUUUGCUGCAGAUCCCAAAAAACCUAUUGGAGGGAAUAUCAUAGCACACGCUUCCACCACCAGGCUCUAUCUGCGGAAAGGCCGAGGUGAAACCAGGAUAUGUAAAAUCUACGACUCCCCUUGUCUUCCUGAGGCUGAAGCCAUGUUUGCUAUUAAUGCUGAUGGAGUGGGAGAUGCUAAAGACUGA